AUGGGCCUUUCUCCGGUCAUCGUUUUGCUCGUUCUUCCAUCGAUUUUUGCCUUUUCGUGCAAAGAUCAAAACAAUAAAGAUGUCGAUUGGUUUGCCGUCUACAAAAUGCCGAUUGAGAAGGAUAACACUGUGAUCGACAUUGCUCAAGGCCUUGCUUUCUACUAUUUGGAUGUAAACGACCCAUCGCAACUCCGUCCAUCAGCACAACCCCUAAACAGCACAAAUCAAGCAAUCGCCAACACGCUCAAUCAAUUCUACGCGGUGAAAGACGACAAGACAAUCUUCCAUGUGAUGUUCAAUGAUGAGCCCUAUGGCACCGUUUCGAUGUCAUCCCAUGUGGCGAAUCGAGUCGACAGUCGAAUCUAUCGACCAGAGCUGGCUGCUGUUCAAUUUGGGCACACAAAGGGCACCCUCUUCUUCGAUGGUCAAACGGGAGUGUGGUUGGUGCAUUCGGUACCGAAAUUCCCUCCACCUGAUCACUAUCAAUAUCCGGAUUCGGGAACCGAUUACGGGCAAACGAUGUUGUGCAUGACGUUCACCUAUGCUCAACUCAAGGAUAUUGGAACUCAACUUUUCUACAACCAUCCCGACAUCUACUCAUCGAAUCUUCCAACAAGCAUGGCCUCCGCAAAUCCCGAUCUUGCUAAUCUGAUCGCCGGAAAAUUCCAAUCAGGCGCCAACUCGCACUCAUCAAUAACACUCACGACAAAGGGCGGUCAACAGUUCAAAUCUUUCGCUAAAACCGCCGACUUCAACGAUGAUCUCUACCAAAAACUCUUGGCUCCUUCACUCCGAACUCCAUUCAUUGUGGAGAGCUGGAGAAGAGGAAGCGAAGUGCCGUUGACUUGCGGAGAUCCAUUCCCGGUCAAUGAUGCCUUGACGAUUAAGGUCGGCGAGUCCCUUGAAUUCAAAUACACGAAAGAUCACAGCAAAUUGGCCCGUUCAGCUCUUAAAACAAGCCCCUAUGUGUGCAUUGGAGACAUCAACAGAAUGACUUCACAAUACGUGCGUGGCGGUGGCACGACUUGCAUCAGUAACGACAAGAUGUGGAAUGCUUUCAACGUGAUCACCACACAAAAUCAAUGC